AUGAGCUCGGGGUACGUCCGAGGGCCGCAAUGCGGGGUCGACAAUUGCACCUCGAACCUGUGGAAACGGAUCGACGGGCGAAACGUCUGCUUUUACGGGCACGUGAACGAGAACGACAUCGAGAUAGAUGAUGAGGAAGACCAGCUCGACAGACAAACAAUGGGCACCUAUUCGCGGCGUUUGCGAAACAUCGCUGGCCUCACAAACACAGCAGCCAAAGACCUUCGAAGCCAGCAGUUUUUGCAAGAGCAACAGCGAGACUAUGCACAUGGGAUGGAGCUACGCAAGCUUCUUGUGCAAUGUUUACAGAUCAUCUUGAUGAGACAAACUGAGACCCUCGAGGACAAGCUGAAGCUUCCUCAAGGAUACCAGUCGGUGGUAAAGCGGUACUGGGCAAUGUACCUUCUUCACAAGCACACUAAGAAAGACUCGAGUGCCGUUUUGAGCCAGAUGGCCGAUUUUUCGAGUGUGCCCACGGUCUCUGACCUCCUGGUGUUUUGCUACCUUGGGCUUGUUCGCAUGAGACUCCCUGUCUACUUCAGCGACCUUUGGGGUCUCGCAUGCAGGGGAGACCUGCCUUAUCUACGAGCGGAAAACGUGGUCCCUUUGGAUCUGCGGCUGCGAGUUCCGGUACAUGCCCUAAGAGUCUUCCACGGCGCCGCGGGAGAUAAAGUCGAUCAUUUUGCGAAGAUGAAACACACGAUGCAUAAUCUAGGAAUAGGGGGUGAGUUUGCGCCUCCUAUCAUUUGGUAUCCGUUGCUAACUAAGACCGUUUUGCAGCUACGGCUGCCUUUGGAGACAGUUGAGCAUGUGUCAGAUUUCAUCGGGCUGGCCAAAAUAGACAUGAGUAUAGACAUGCGCAAUGCGCACCAUCCGGAGCUGAAACUCUGGGCGCUUCUGAUAGUGACAGCAUGUGGUUAUUUCAAAACGAGUGCAACAAAGUACAAAGUCUGGAAAUUGUUGUACGAAUCAAGGGCUGCAACCAAACACAAUAAGACUGUGAUGCAGAAUCGGAUAGUCAACAAGUCUGCGUUUCUAGAUUUAGUCAGCUGGACUGACAAGCAAACAGCAGAAUACCUGGACUUCUUCGAGACCAGCAUACUACCUAUAAUCUCGAAGGAAAACGUGGUGGACGAUACCAACAGUAAAUAUCACACGCAGAAGAUGAUGACUAGCAGACUUUUCAACAUCUUCGACCUGCCGUCCCGGGCUGAGACGGAAGAGGACCCUUUGACUCAAUUGGCGACCGACUACCGAACGUACGCCGAAUCCUCAGGCGACGACGACUAUAGCGAGACGGAGCUAAUAGACAUAUUGAAAGCAGAAAUGCGCGCGCAUUAUGGACUGCGGUCGUCCGUUAUUGAUAGAGUAGUCGAUUGGGCCCUGAGGAUGUUAGACACCUUAGCAGUUUAUCAAUGA